AUGUCGAGCCUAUUUCCUAGCCGGACAGUGCUCGCGGCGCGAGGUGUCUUUACGAGCAGCGGCGCGGGCAGCGCGCGGGCGAGGCUAGCCGUCGCGACGGCGCCGGGCGUGCAGGGACAACAGGGAACCGCGUCGGGGCAGCUACGGACCCCCGUGGGUCAACGGCAGUUUUCGGCGACGACGGGGCUGCGGUCGAAGCUUGGCAGGACGCCCAUCACGGUGCCGCCGGGUGUGGAUGUCAAGGUUGGGGAGCCGUGGGUUAAGAAGGAUCUGACGACGUAUUUGAAGACUGUGAAGAAGACGGUAACGAUUGAGGGACCUUUGGGCAAGAUUGAGUACGAUGUGCCAGACUUUGUCAAAAUCGAAAUCGAUCCGAUAGAGCGGAAAGCGAUGCUCAGCGUAGAGGAUACGACCAUCAAGCAGCAGCGCGAGAUGUGGGGCACGACAUGGGCAUACAUCAACCGUCACAUUGCAGGCGUAUCCGAAGGGCACACGGCGGUGCUCCGUCUCGUGGGUAUCGGCUACCGAGCGGCUGUCGAAGAUCGACCCAAGGAAGCCAAAUAUCCGGGCCAGAAGACGCUGACGAUGAAGCUCGGCUACACGCACCCGGUGGAGCUGGGCGUGCCCAAGGGCGUGACGGCGUCGACGCCGAAUCCUACGAGAAUCCUCCUGGAGGGCAUCAACCGCGAGGAGGUCAUGUCGUUUGCGGGCAAGAUCCGGGAGUGGAGGAAGCCGGAACCAUACAAGGGCAAGGGCGUGUUUAUCAACGACGAGACGAUCAAGUUGAAGCAGAAGAAGAUCAAAUAA